AUGCCACCAAGCCAGGUCAAAAAGGUCACCGAAACUGUCCGUAGUGACCACACUCAAUGGCAAUGCAGCAGCUGUCAGACCCUUAACAGCAUGACAGAAAAAAUCUGCUCCAACUGCUCAAGAUCACGAAUAGGCCAGUCCUUGGCCGUAACGGCUAGCGGGGAAAUAAUUGGGGGAAAUGCUGGAAAUAAUUCUGCAGGAAAGGAAGAGUGGUACUACAAUGUUACUGUAAACGAAGGAGAUAAAGGCAUGGAGAGUAUUUGGUCCUCGAUCCUUGCUUGGGGGGGAGGCGAGGUCCACAUUGAACUCUUUCUGAAUCGCGAAGCCUGGUACGAACUAAAUCUACACUCCAACACAAUGCCCACAAUGCUCAAUGCCAUCGGACCAGACUGCAGGGUUAUAGAAACCACAGACAUCCACCCCAACCACAGUCACUGGAAGUGCAAGAACUGCGGAGACAGACAAGCCCUGUUCGCCAGGAACUGCAGGGAAUGUGGCACAGAAAUAUACAGGAAUGCUUGGGUUGUUACAGACGGGGGACAGAUAUUUGGACAAAUGCAUCAAAUGGACCAUCUGGGUCGAGUGAUUUGGCGAUACGUGGUCAAACACGACGGUCAUGUACCUGAGGAGACUGAACAUUUUUGUGGUGAAUGUUAUAAGUGCAUGUGGACGCGCAAAUGGAAUAUCAUAUUGGGUUACGAGAAGCCUUGA